UGUGUGUACGUGUAUGUGUCCCCGUCAUAGACAGGUAUAAAUAUCAGUUCACAGUGAGGGAGUUGAUAAUUGAUUUCGGAGUUCUGCAAAGUCACACAAGAAGCUGUUUGUUGGUCAUGGCUGACUAUGACUUGGUUCUGAGAUGCUGGGGUCCAGUGGAAGCCGACUACAACACACACGGCGGGCUGGUUUUGACCCGAAGGUCACCCCAUUAAUCUCCGUCACUCAAAGGCCUGUUCCUGUUCCCGCUCUUCCCAGUUUAUUCACAGAGCACCCGGACACCCAGAAGCUGUUCCCCAAGCUCGCUGGCGUAGGGGAGCUGGCAGCCAGCGUGGCGGUCGCAUCCCAUGGGGCGACGGUCCUGAAGAAGCUGGGGGAGCUGCUGAAGACCAGGGGCGACCACGCGGCUCUGCUCAAACCCCUGGCCACCAGCCACGCCAACGUCCACAAGAUCCCCAUCAACAACUUCAAGUUGAUCACAGAGGUCAUUGCAAAGCAUAUGGCGGAGAAGGCGGGGCUUGAUGCUGCCGGGCAGGAAGCUCUGAGGAAAGUGAUGUCUGCGGUCAUUGCCGACAUUGAUGCCACCUACAAAGAGCUGGGAUUCUCCGGGUAAUCACUUCACCAGUGAUCCACCCUGGUCCUGCUUCGGUGGCCCAAUUUUAAAUAAAAGUAUGCUAAUUAAA